CUUCCUGCCUUCACCAGCACACCACCCGCCUCCGUAUCCUGCACGCCCCACGCCACCAACAGCUUCCUUCCCUCUCGCCCUCGUUGGGGGCGCUCGCUAGGGUUUGGGAAUCCGAAGGGGCCAUGGCUUCCCUCGCAAUGCCGGAGGCGGAGGCGGUGACACCGCCGCCGCAGCAAGCGGAGGAGGCCCGAGCGGUGGACGAUCGGCGGCUGCUGCGGUCGCAGUACCUCGCCGUGAAGAGCCUCAUCAGCGAUGAGAAGGAUGAUAUGGCGAAUGCGGACUCCGAAAAGUUCCGCUCCAUCAUCAACAAGGUGGAGAGCCUGCACCAGUAUGUUCAUAAGCCAAGGGAGCAAAUAGCUGAUGCAGAAGCCCUGCUGGACCUUGCUGCCAGUUUGGUUACAUCAGUAAGGUCUCAUUCAGUUCUGGGAAUCACACCUUCUGAUUUUGUUGUUGGACUGCUGAAUAAGUUUGGAAAGCUAGGGGGUCCUGAUGACGAGCAUGCCUCGUUGGACUGGGCUCGUGUUGGACGUGCUGCUUCUCAUGUUUUCAUGGCUGCUCCUGGAUGUGCCACAAUGGUUGGCCCCAUGAAGACAGAAGUGAAACCAAGAAGGGUUUGUAUUAGGAAAAAGAGGACUGCAAGACCUCGUGGAAGUUCUUGCCCUGAACAGCUUGCUGACCCAACAGAGAAAACGAAGAGUGAUACUGAUAAGAAUAUGUCUGCCAUAUUUAACCUGCUGAGGAGGAAGAAAAAUGCAAGGCUGGAACACCUUAUUUUAAACAGGACAUCAUUUGGCCAAACAGUGGAGAAUAUCUUUGCCUUGUCAUUCCUAGUGAAAGAUGGCAGAGUUGAAAUCAAUGUGAAUGAUGAGGGGCAUCAUAUUGUCUAUCCAAGGAAUGCACCAGGUGCUAGCAACAUUGCCUCAGGAAAAGUGGUCUACAACCACUUUGUAUUCAGAUUUGAUUUCAAAGACUGGAAGCUCAUGAAAGGGGUUGUUCCAGAGGGGGAAGAGCUUAUGCCGCACAGGUCUUCUCAGGACGCACCUGGCACAGCAGGAAACAGUCACCCCGAGCUUGAGUUGUCCCGGCCCACACAAAGCGCACCGAUCAGGAAGAGAUGCAGGAACCGGGGCCUGGUCUUGCAAGACGAGAUGGUUGCAAAGGGCGCACAGGAAGUCAUGGCAGACAGGACGGUAGCCACAGGCACGCAGCAAGUCGUGGAAGAUGAGGUGGCAGCAGCCACGGGCGCGAAGGAAGCCAUGGAAGACGAGACUGGAGGGGCGACGGGCGUGAAGGAAGUCAUGGACGACAAGAUGGUGGCCAAGUACAGCAAGGAGAUCAACCUGACGCACAAGAGCAGGCGCCUCUUCCAGGAGGACUGAUGCCCCUGACCUGGCUGACCGUGGUCGACGGUGUACAUGCUUUGAUGUUUAGGUAGAGAUGCGGCCCCAGCUCACUUAGCUUAGAUGCGUUUGGGCUAAGCACCUCAUUCGGCGUGGCGCGGCCGCGCGGGUAGUGGUGGCUUUUGGAAUGGUUGGGCCUGUCGUUGUUUCCGAGGUGCUUUCGGGAUCUGGUGUGUUUAGGGCCGACGUAGCUGUAGUCAAGAUGGUGGAUAACUGGAUACUUGGUUGCAAGGCUAAUGCUUAGCUAGAUGUUGGCUGAA